UCCCGUUAGUCGCUCGAUUUUUUGAGUGAGAGUGAAAUACACAAACGAACGUGUCAUUCCGGAGUACCUUUACGUAUUUCUCCGAGACAAAAAGUUGGUUCUUCGCUUUCCCUUCUUCACCAAUCAUUAAUCUCCUUCUCUCUCUUUUUGCCUGAGAAACCUUUUUUAGGGUUUUCUUUUUAUUUAUUUAUUCCUCUGGAGUUUCUGUGAAGUCGAAGCGAAAGCGCGGCAAUGGCAAUGGCCAUGGCCUACAAGCCUUAAUUCGACUCUCGCUUUGCAAUUCGGUUUAAUUCGCUUUAUGUGCAAGGCCCGCUUGGAUCAGUUGGAGUUUGAAUUACUCGGAUUGGUUCAGAUAGGUAGGAAAAUUGCAGCAGCUGAGUGUUCAGCUUAUGGUGUAAUCGGGAUGUCUCGUGUGUGUUUCGUUGGGUGAUGAGAUACUUGGAAGCUUGCAGAUAUAGUGUACAGAAAUGAAUCUUGCAGCUCUUUUGACUUCUGCUGGAAUUAAUAUAGCUGUGUGUGUGAUACUUUUUUCGCUGUAUUCGAUAUUGAGAAAACAACCAAGCAAUGUUAAUGUCUACUUUGGACGAAGAAUUUCAAUAGCCACAAGAAGAAGUGACCCCUUCUGCUUGGAUAGAUUUGUUCCGUCUGCUAGUUGGCUAUUGAAAGCCUGGAGAACGAAAGAAGAAGAUUUAUUGGCUGUUGGUGGCUUGGAUUCUGUAGUUUUUAUCAGGAUGGUUGUUUUCAGCCUUCGAAUCUUUUCCAUUGCUGCUGUCGUAUGUGUUUUUAUAGUGCUUCCGGUGAAUUAUCAUGGGCAGAAGAUGCAUCAUCAGCACAUCCCUUUACAAUCCUUGGAAGUAUUUACCAUCUUGAAUGUUCAAGAAGGUUCAAAGUGGCUCUGGACCCAUUGUCUCGCAUUGUACAUUAUUACCUUUUCAGCUUGUAUUCUCCUUUACUUUGAAUAUAAGACCAUCACUAAAAUGAGGCUGGCGCAUAUCACUGCAUCUUCUUCAAAUCCAAGUUACUUUACAGUUGUUGUUCGUGCUAUUCCCUGGUCAGCGGAAGAAUCAUACAGUGAUUCAGUAAGAAAAUUCUUCACAAAAUAUCAUUCAUCAAGCUACUUGUCACACCAAAUGGUGUAUCGAUCUGGUAAAAUUCAGAAACUGAUGAGCGAUGCAGGGAAGGUGUGCAAGAUUCUUAAGGAUGCCUCUGUUGACCAAACCCGUAAACCAGAUUUGUUUCAGUGUGGCUUUUGUGGAGGAGCUUCUGAUUCUUUUAAGAUUCUCUCGAACGAAACAGAGAGUGUUAGAGGGAAGUCAUCCCUUAUUGACAAUGGUGUGGGUGGAAGAAAAAAGGUGUGUGCUGCUGCUUUUGUCUUUUUCAAGACUCGCUAUGCUGCUGUUGUUACUUCACAGGUGCUUCAGUCAUCAAAUCCCAUGUUAUGGGUGACAGAUAUGGCUCCGGAACCAAAUGAUGUUUAUUGGUCAAACCUUUGGAUACCGUACGGACAAUUGUGGAUCCGGAAGAUAGCUACACUUCUGGCUGCUAUUGCCUUUAUGCUUGUGUUUCUUAUUCCCGUCACAUUUGUUCAAGGCUUGACUCAACUAGAAUUUCUACAACAAGCAUUUCCAUUUCUGAGAGGACUUCUUAAGAAGAAAAUUAUAAGCCAGCUGGUGACGGGGUACCUGCCAAGUGUGGUUUUAAUUUUGGCUUUUUACUCAGUUCCACCAGUUAUGAUGCUAUUUUCGACAGCAGAGGGGUGUAUCUCCCGUAGUGGGAGGAAAAAGAGUGCAUGCUUCAAAGUCUUAUACUUCACAAUCUGGAAUGUCUUUUUUGUUAAUAUUUUUACUGGGUCUCUUAUCCGCCAAUUGAGUGUAUUUGCUAGUGUGAAAGACAUACCUGCGCAACUUGCCAACGCAGUUCCAGCACAGGCUAAAUUUUUCAUGACUUAUGUUUUAUCAUCCGGUUGGGCAAGCUUGGCAUGUGAACUCAUGCAAAUUUAUCCUCUUCUCUGCAACUAUUUCCGAAGGUUCAUAUUACUCAAGGAUGGGUACAAUGACACACUAACGUUUCCAUAUCAUACAGAAAUUCCUAGAGUACUGCUGUUUGGGUUUGUUGGCUUCACCUGUUCCAUCUUGGUUCCCCUAAUAUUGCCAUUCUUGCUGGUUUACUUUGUACUUGCUUACCUUAUAUAUCGAAACCAGAUUCUCAACGUGUAUAUACCAAAAUAUGAAAGUGGGGGACAGUUCUGGCCUAUGAUGCACAAUACAGUCAUUGUUUCGUUGAUUCUUAUGCAAAUAAUUGCCCUCGGUGUCUUUGGAUUAAGAAAAUCACCAAUUGCAUCAGGUUUCACUAUCCCACUGCUUAUUUUCACCCUUCUAUUUAACGAGUACUGUCGACAGCGGUUUCAUCCGAUAUUCAGGAACCACGUUUCAGAGAUUCUCAUGGAGAUGGAUAAAAAGGAUGAGCAAUCGGGGAGGAUGGAAGAGGUUUAUAAACAGCUGCAUUCAGCUUAUUGCCAGUCCCCAGUCACCCCUGAUGACUCAUUCAAUUCUGGACACGUGAAUCAUGACGAGGACGGGGACAGCGUUCAGGAUCCAGAGAAUGUGAACCCAGGGAAAGAACCUAGCCAAGUAAAUCCAACAUGGGAUGUUACUUUUGAUAGAGCAGAAUCUAGCCAGAAGUAAAUGAGUUCUCGUGGUACAUAAUUGACUGUAUUUUUUAUAUCCAAAUUCAUGCCCAUCCAUUAUAAAUUACCAUAUUUGAUGGUGCCUGCUGGAAUGAGAUGCUUGGACGAGUAAAAGUAUAUCUUGAGGAGCACAUUCUCGUUUUGGCCCGAAAAUACCUUUGGAAGCCUUGUACAGACACAACUCGAGUGAGACAUUUGGUUUCAAAGUUCAGAACUUCCACAAGCAUACAAUCAGGCUCUUUCUUUUUUCCUUUGUUUAUCCCAGUUUUUCUUUUUAGGAAAUCCAAAAGCAAACUCUUAUUUUGUGCAGUUGUGAUCGAGCAAGCAAAUAGUUGUACAUAUCGUUGUAGCCCUUGUGGGCUUUUCAUAUUCAUAAUGAUGUUCAGUAUUUUAAUACGCCAUAUGUGCUCAAACAGUUCAAAAUAUAUGGAAGUUCGAUUAUUUGAUUCUCCAA